UCACACCUGACUUGUCCAGCCCAAUCAACUAACGGCAGUUUCCUGACUACUGAAGUCUUCUCAGGAGUAAAUAGUAUCUGGAUGGGGCCAGCGCGACAGCAUCGCUUGUCUGACCAAGGCCAUGAAACCAAAAGUCCUUUAUUUAGAUAUACCAAGAUUAUUUGGAAAUGCAGAGGCAUCGGCAACCAUUCGCGAGAGCCAAGGACCGUCGUAUCGCCGGCAGGUUGAUUCUGAAACCCCCGGCUUGGAGGACAGUCACAAGAGCGAGAAAGCGGAGAAAGGUUCUCGUGAAGUUCACUUCGCUAUUUUGGCUAAGAAAUACGAGCCUUUGACUGAGGAGGACGAAGCCAGUCCGCGAAAAAAAGAGGAGAGGAAGAUCAAAAAGAAAGAGAAAAUCAAAAAGUACAGAAAGAAUGUCAGAAAGGCCUUGAGCUACUCCUGGAAAUGUCUGCUAUUCGGCCUUCAGAACCUGUCUGUUGGACUCUCCACUCCCCUCUCAGCAGCUCCUCACAUCGUCCCAGAGUUCCACCAGGGCAGGGCAAGAAGCUAAGACCUGGGACCUUAAAAGAAUAUUACAUAAAGGACUGACUUUCAUACAUUUCUUGUAAUGGACCAAAAACCUUUAGAACAGUCAUAACCAGUCCCAGACGCAAGUUAGCCAAAACCAGAGAAGCAAGCUGAUUAGUGUCUGGCUUGUCAGAAAGCGCAUUUUUCAUGUUAGUCACGCUUGUCACGCUUGUCAGAGAGCACGACUCAUAUUGAGCUGCAACUCAUAAUGAUUAAGUCACUCAUUACUAAUAUGUUACUCUUUACUAAUACAUGUAUAGAGGGAGGCACUGACUAUUCUUGCAUAGAGGACAUUUGGGUUUUGUAUAGAAUGUACAUGCUAAAUAGAGAUUGUGAUUGUGGGUCUGAUAAGAGCAGGAGGGAGAAGGAACACAAAUCAAUAUGGUCAUUAAUCUAAAAUAAAAGUUUUUUUAUUAUAGAUCAAUGUGUUCGAUUGAUGUUAGUUGUGAAGUGAAGUUUUGCCAUUGGAUGUUGCCAUCUAGAAUGUGGUAAAUGACACCAUUUACUACCGACUUGAGGAAAUAGCUACGUAGUUAGAGAAAGAGAGUGAUUGUAAGUCAAUGUUUAAAGGCAUUUGAGGAAGUAAAUUGAAAAUAUGCUUUGGGGAAGGUAAAGAAUGAGAGAAGAGGGUAGGAGUGCAGGCAGUUGGAAAGAAAGAAAUCAGAGCUAUAGAGUAAUCGCUUUCUACAAUAACUGUCUAGAGAGGAGCAGGAAAUGGGGACUGGACAACCAUCACCAUCAAGGUUACAGAGCUUUUGUUGACCUGCUCAUGCGCUGAAAUCUGUUAUUGUUUGUUUGUGUGCUGAAAUGUGAUGAAGAAUAAUGAAUUGUAUUGUGAAAGAAUCUUUAAUAAAGGCACAUUAAUACUUUCUGAAA